GCUGGGGACGCUGCUUCCGGUUAGGAAGUUGUUGUUAGCGACUAAACUGCAAAGAUUAAAGAUGGCGGAUAGUCUGGAGCUCGGAGACAGCGGCAGGAAGAAAACUGCAGCCAAGACGGGCCGUAGAGCACGUCAGUCACAGGAGCUUCAGCAAGAUGAAGCUGGAAACAGGAAAGAAUCCACUUCAGCAUCCGGUGGAGAGGGACCCCCAACAAAACCCCCUCUCCGCCAAGGAGGCUGGGCGGAUGACACCCCUGGCUCUGCCAAGUCUGGAAGAAGACCAGCGGCUGAUGAGGUUGAGGAUAGACGUCUGAGACCGCAAACCCCAGAGGGCUCUGACGAGGAAGGAGAUAUCCCAGUAAUCCCAGACCUUGAAGAUGUUCAAGAAGAGGACCUCACAAUGCAGGUUGCGGCUCCACCCAGCAUACAGGUUAACAGGGUGAUGACUUACCUCGACCUGGACAAUGAUCUCAUGAAACAUUCAGCUUUUCAGACAUUGGAUGGAGAAAUUGACCUAAAACUUCUCACUAAAGUGUUGGCACCAGAGCAGGAAGUCAGAGAGGAGGACGUUGGCUGGAACUGGGAUCAUUUGUUCACUGAGGUAUCUUCAGAGCUGGUGACUGAGUGGGAUCAAGGGGACAAGGAGGACCACAAACAAAUGCCCUUGCUUGCUUGAUUUUAAAUGAUAUAAAGUUUGAGUAACUUGUAUAAAUAUGCUGAAAAUGGGACUCUGCAUUUGCUUUCACAUUUCUGUCCUAAGCAGAGGCAUUUGCCACUUGAUACCAAAAGGGGAUGAUAACAAAAUAUUUUUAUAUAUCCUUAACAUUUGUGUGUGUGUGUAAUAAAUAUAUAUAUAUAUGUAGCACAUGUAUUCAUAUCUAAUUUAACCUCUUAAGAACGAUGUAAUUGUUUGUUUAUUUAUUUUUUAUAUGGUUGAUAAAGUAGAGUUGCUAUGAAUAAAUCUGCAUUUUUGGAUGGUAGCAGGAUGUCAGUGCUUUGAUUUGCAGUAUGUGCAGAGCCUGGCUUUCAAGCACAGCUGUAAAGAUUUGUCUAAAACAAAAGCUUGCAAGAAAACAGUUUUGGAGACAGCAGAAAUACAUUUUAUUCUAGUGUUCUGCUUUUCUGCUGCAUCUUAGCCCAAUCUUAUACAUGAUCAUUAUUUUGCUUUUGGAAUGAGGAAGGGGAUAUUGAUGUCCAACGCAAUGGUCCAGUCCUGAUAAAUGUUGAAGCAUUAUCUUCCAUUCUCCAUAGUAUGUAGAUUUCCUAAAGCUUGUACAGAACUAGAUCUGAAAAGUACAGUAACCUGAUGUGUAUAAACUUCAAGACACUCUUCCUGCAUUGGGUUUGUUUACAAAUGCUUAAUUAAUUCCUCCCAUAUGUUGCGAGCAGCUGCUGUGGUGCCCUCUUCUUGCCCCCUGCAGAGCAGUGCAGUCACCAUCCAUGUAGAGACAACCUCUAGCUGUCUCUCCGGAGGUAGCAGCAUUAGCAACUUCAGUGCCGGCAUUUUACUGAGAUUUUGUUUUCUAUGCAGAGGAUGAUAGAGCUGUAGCAUUUUAGAUGAGAUUGGAAGCAAAACCUUCUGAUCAGAGUGAUGGCGUGCCUUUGCCGAACAACCCCCAAGCCAGCCCACAGAUUAAACUGAGCCAUGGUUUGGCAAGUACCUGGUUCAAGCUCUUUUAACUGACCUUCCUUAUUUAGACCUGCUUCUCCACCCCAGUGCUAUGGAGCUUCUGUAGUUGAGGUACAGUUGUAAUGAAUACUGUCAACUUUUAUAUAGCUUGAAUUGGGUGAGUUAAUGUCAGAAGCCAGUGCUUUGGAUUAUUCUCAGUUUUUUGCAUAUGACUUUGGAAGGAUAAUACAUUACAUAGAAGUCUUAUUUUUAGAACCUUGAAUAUAACAUUAAUGCAAGUCUAUACAUUGUAGAGAUUUGUGUCCUUGUAAUUGAGGGUGUAAGGUGUAAAUCAUUUAUGAUUUUCGUUUUUAGCCUUUGGAAGAUCCAGUCAUGAUGAAACUUGGGUAACUUGAGUCUCUGAAUCUGGGAAUGCAUGGAUGAACCUUUCUCUCUGUUCUUGUUUGUCACACUUCAGUUUUUACAUGUACUGUACAGCCACAGCAUGUUGGUCAUCCAUGAUACUGGUUUUGAGUUUAACGCAGUGGAGAUGGAUGCAUGUUACCAACAGUAUAGAACUAGCAAUAAACAUCUUGUUUGGGGGAAAGAUAAGUUAAAUCAUUUGUUUGAGGUUGAUAUCUAGAUUUUUAAAAACAUUCUUAACGUUAAAGCUUUGUAAAUAAAGCCUACUGUUCAUUUUUUUGUUCUGUUUAACUCCAGAAGGAGAAGUCCCACCGUUAGGGAUGUCCAUUGGUUUAAAUCUUGGAUUGUAGGCUGUGUACAAAAAUCUACCCAUCGUGCUUAAGAUCCUUCAUCUGACGUAAUUUUCUAAAUGCUCACUGCGUUUGCUUUGAAGAUCAGUAAUAUUUUUAGAGGUUCCGAAUGCCUCUGUGACUUGAUUGAAUGAUUUUCAAGCCAUUUAUAUUGCCAAAAUGUAUUCCCAAGUUUAAUACAGCAGUUUAAAAAAAAUGUUAAUAUUGCUCUUCAUUCAAUUAUUUAUUGAAAAAAAUGUUUAGCUAAAAUGCUUUUUUUUCCCAGCUAAAAAUGACCAGUAGUUGAAUAGGGCCCAAAGUUGUUUACAGACUUGGCUUCAAAAUUGGAGGAAAAUGAUUCUUUGAAAAUAAAGUAAUUUAAGCUUGAUUCCAAACAACAGAAAUAGCCUUGGCUCCUGCCCUCCAAUUUGUGAUUUUUAAUUUAAAAAAAUAUGUUUUAAUACAAUUGUUCAGUGGCCUUUCACUAAACAGUGUUACUCAUCAGCUAGGUAGACUUAUUUUAAUGCUUUUUGGUAGAAAGCAUUAAUUAGGACUUUGAAAUCAGAUAAUCUGUCUAGCUUUUUUAAUAUGUUAAAGUGCUGACAUAACUUAUAUAUCUUAUCUGGUCUUAAUAUCUAGCUUCCUUAUAGCCAAAAAGCAAUAAUUUCUGUUUUAUUAAAAAAAAAAAAAGAAAAAAAAAAACAAUCUUGAUCUGUAGAUAUACUGUACUGAUACAGUCUGUGCUCCCAGACAGAGUGAGGCGUGUGGAAAGAUACACGAUGAACUGAUGGUAUUGUCGACUGCUGUGCACAGAAAUGUCAGCGGCCUUGCUGUAAAUUCUUGACUAGGAGUUUCAUAACUUGAAAGGUGCCAUGAUCCCUAGUGAGGCCUCCAGCAACCCCCUUUGAACCUCUGAGGCAUUUACAUUGGGGUGGGCUUUCAUGAGCUAAAAUGAACCUUGUUAAAUAUAGAAGCCCUGUUUGAACCUCGGAGGCAUUUACAUUGGGGUGGGCUUUCACGAGAUAAAAUGAACCUCGUUAAAUCUAGAAUACAGUGUGUAAAAGUGCAAUUAAGAGUCAGAUAUCGACCACAGUGCAUUGUAACCAAGCACACUCCCCCAGCAGUAGGGUUUUCCAUUGCACAGGAAUAUGUAACACCAUAUAGAACAUUUCUGCAAGUUCAAAUAAAGUCUAGAUGGAUGGGUGGGUAGAUAGAUAGUGAUAUAGUUAUAUUAUGUAUUCGGCACUGAUUUGUAUUCAACCCUAUUUACAAAGCUUUGAGUCAUUUACAGGCUGUUAUGAAUGAGUUUGAUAUAUUAAUAAAACUGUUGUUGACUGAACAUUGAUCCUAAUUCAGAAAUUGCUGCAACUUGGCAUGCUUUUAACAUAUUUUGCCAGUACAUUUUAUUCUGUUUUUCUUUACUGAUAAAUUCAUUUGAAGUAUGAAAAAAUUCCAGUUGCAAUUUUGUUUCUUUGUAACUGUCAGAAUGAUUUUGCUAAUAUAUUUAUUUAUUCAGAAUGAGAAGUAGCUGCCAUUGUUAAACUGUUAUAUAUCCAACUGUUAUGUAUCCAUAGCCCUCGAUGAAAGCACCACUGCUUCUUUCUCAACAUUUUUAUUAAAAAAUUAUAUAGCCCCUAGGUAUGGUGAUCAAUAUGACUUUCUGAUAGAAAAAAAAAUGGUUUUGAAAAUCGAAGAUAAAACAGAUGGUUUUGUUGUACAGCUAAUUAUAAAUGCACCUUUUGUGAAUUCCUGUCACAGCUGCAAAGCACUUUAUAAAAAUUCCACCUCUGAACUGCUUUGUAAAUAGAGCAUGUUGUUUUAAGAUGAGUUGAAAGUUGAAUGAGAAAAAGCGGAAGUCUCUUCAAUUCUGUGUUGGUUUUAUUUAUUUAUUUACUUCAAUCUUCGGUUUCCCCCCAGGUGGGCUGUGACAUAAAAUGAGUGUGAAUCUGGCAGAUUGGAAUGCCCCAGGGCACCUUAGUUUUGUCAGGUUGUCAAAAGAGGGUUUAUAGAGUACAAAUGAACCGAGAACCUCAUUAUGUCCAUAACGGCAGCAUUGCAUACAUUUUUUUAUUUUUUUUGGUUUAAUGUGAAUUACUGGCGGUGGUGGACGCUUGUCAUGUAUUUUAUUUUUUCUUCUUCUCUCCUCAAUCCUGUACAGGCUCUUCAUUUUUCACAUGAGUGGUUUUCUUAUCAUUUCAGACCCUCUCUUGGCCUACUACUGACUUUAAGGCAAUAAAACACAAAACAUUUUGUAAAACAUGAACUGGCCCUCAGGCAGAAGGCCCUGCGAUGUGUUCUCAGAAAAUUAUGAUAAUAACUCAGACAACUCCAUUCUUUGGCAGGAGUUAAAGCAGUGCUUUCAAAAGGACAGGUCA